GGGCCGGGCGCCGGCUCCGGCAGCAGCGAGCGGGGCCCGAGUGCCGAGAGCGUUCCGUAGGCUGGCCGGAGCUGCUGGAGCUGCCGGCUUUGGCCACGGUCGGCAGCGCGUCCCUUCUCGUCCCGCCGCGAGAUGAGCAGCCCCGAUGCGGGCUACGCCAGCAGCGACGACCAGGUGCAGGGGCGGUGCUCGCUGCCCAUCAUGAUGCCGGCCAUGUGCCCGUGGGCAGAGUCGCUGAGCCCGCUGGGCGAGGCGAAGGCGAAGGGCGGCUCGGCGCCGUCGGGGCCGUCGGGCGGCCGGAGCAAGGGCGAGGCGCGGAUCCGGCGUCCCAUGAACGCCUUCAUGGUGUGGGCGAAGGACGAGCGCAAGCGGCUGGCGCAGCAGAACCCGGACCUGCACAACGCCGAGCUCAGCAAGAUGCUGGGUAAAUCGUGGAAGGCGCUGUCGCUGGCGGAGAAGCGUCCGUUCGUGGAGGAGGCGGAGCGGCUGCGGGUGCAGCACAUGCAGGACCACCCCAACUACAAGUACCGGCCGCGGCGGCGGAAGCAGGUGAAGCGCCUGAAGCGGGUGGAGAGCGGCUUCCUGCAGCACGGCCUGGCCGAGGCGGCGGCGGCGGGGCCCGGUCUGGGCAGCGAGGUGGCCGGCGGCGGCGGCGGCAGGAUGUGCGUGGAGGGCCUGGGACUGGCGUACGGCGAGCAGGGCUACGCGGCGGCGGCGGGCGCGGGCCACUACCGGGACUGCCCGCCGCUGGGCGCCGCGUUCGACGGCUACAGCCUGCCGACGCCGGACCCGUCGCCGCUGGACGCGGCGGAGAGCGAGGCGCCCUUCUUCGCGGCGGGGCUGCAGGAGGAGUGCGCGCUGGUGCCCUACGGCUACGGCCCGCACCCGGCGGCCGCCGAGUACCCGGCGGCGGCGGCGUCCGAGAGCCCGUCGGGCGCGGCGCUGCGGCGGCACCUGCCGCCCGGGGAGGCGCUGGGCGCGGGCGGGUCGCUGCAGGCGCUGCUGGGCUGCCCGGCACCGCUGCACGCGUACUACGGGCAGUGCCAGCCGCCGGGCCCGGGGCGCGGCCCGCCGCUGCCGCCGCCGGGGGCCGUGGGGCAGCCGUCGCCGCCGCCCGAGACGGCGCCGUGCCGGGAGCAGCUGGAGCAGCUGCCGCCGGAGGAGCUGCUGGGCGAGGUGGACCGCACCGAGUUCGAACAGUACCUGCGCUUCGCCUGCAAGCCCGAGCUGGGGCUGUCCUUCGGCGGCCACGACGCGGCCGCGCUGUCGUCGCCCGAGGGCGCGGCUCCCAUCUCGUCGGCCGUGUCGGACGCCAGCAGCGCCGUCUACUACUGCGGCUACCCCGACUUGUGAGGGGCUCGCCGGGGCUCGGCACGGACACUGGCAGGGAGGCGCCCGGCCCCGCUCCUAUUUAUGUAAUUUAUUUGAAUCUCCUUGGGACAGUUCCACAAAGUUUGUCUGAGUGGACGCAAGUUACUAUC